AUGGGGGCAGCUCUCGCGUGUUUUGGUGACAAGGAUACCCCAGACGUCGGUCAGACGAGGCAAUCGAGCGCUCUGUCUCUUCUCGGGGGACUACAGACGAGCUGGAGCUCUGAACGCCCACAGCACGUCAACAACAAGAACCACGACGACGACGACGACGAGUCCGUUAACUGGGACACGUUUCUGGUGCAAUCAAACAAGUCCACGGCAUCGUCUGGUCGUCGCAUGUUAUCAGCGUCUUAUAGCCGUUUACUAGAGGAAACAAGCGACUGCGCUUUCUAUGUGGACACACAAGGCAAGCGCCUGAAAGGACGCUGCUUGGAUCGCAUCGAGGUAGUCGACGACUACUUUGUGCCUUUUCAACCCCAGUACAAGAGCCGUUGCCACGUCUCACCACGUACAUUCGAGAAACCCCUUGCCACGGACGCAGCAAGUGACGACUGUUUCUCAACGUCGUCGACGAUAACGAGCGAGAGCGACUACUGGACGUCGGCGCUCGAUCCGCUCCUUGUCAACGAGCGACGCCACAUGGCUCCACUGCAGCCAGUACUCGGUCGCUGUGCGAGCUUAGGUCCACUGAUGCACGCGCGCGUCAAGAUGCACCGCGUACGUACAAGUCCUCAGCUACAAGAAGAUGUGUACGCGGCCUACUCGCAGUCGCCGUGGAGCUCCAAGCACGGCAAGUGUUUGUUUCCGUCGCCUCAACGAACAACGACGGUGAUUGCAGCCUCUGCGAGCUGA